UUGGGUCCUGGUGUCCAGGAUGACUGUAUAUAAGGCCUGGGUUCUCCUCCUUCUAACUUCACUCUCUCUGUCCAAGAAGAACCAGAAACAACCAUGAUGAACUGGGCUGUCCUCCUGUGUGCCUUAGUGGCCCUGUCCGAGUGUAAUGUCAAGAUCUCUCUGAUCAAGGGGAAGACUGCCAGAGAGACCCUGAUGGAGAAGGGUAUAUGGGAGGAGACCAGGCUGAAGUUCCCCUACAAACCUAUGGCCAAGUUCUACCAGACUGGUGAUGAGGCUAUGACCAACGACGCUGAUUUGUCCUACUACGGCGUGAUUUCCAUCGGAACCCCUCCCCAGUCCUUCAACGUCAUCUUUGACACUGGCUCCUCCAACCUGUGGGUUCCCUCGGUCUACUGCUCCAGCCAGGCCUGCCAGAAUCAUGCCAAAUUCAACCCUGCACAGUCCAGCACCUUCACGUGGGCCAACAAGCCUGUUUCCAUUCAGUACGGAACUGGCAGCAUGACUGGGCGGCUGGCAUACGACACUGUUUCGGUGGGCGGUAUCUCUGUGACUCAACAGAUCUUUGGUGCCAGCCAGACCGAGGCUCCCUUCAUGGCCAACAUGGUUGCCGACGGUAUCCUGGGCCUGGCUUUCCCCAACCUGGCGGCCUCUGGGGCCACACCAGUCUUUGACAACAUGAUGAGUCAGGGCCUCGUUUCCCAGAACCUCUUCUCCGUCUACCUGAGCGGAAACUCAGCACAGGGUAGUGUGGUGUCUUUCGGAGACAUUGAGUCUAACUACUACACCGGACAGAUCACCUGGAUCCCCCUGUCCUCCGAGACCUACUGGCAGAUCAACAUGGACAGCGUUACCAUCAACGGCAACACAGUGGCCUGCAAUGGUGGAUGUCAGGCGAUCAUAGAUACUGGCACCUCCCAGAUCGUUGGGCCAACCACUGACAUCAACAACAUGAACAGCUGGGUCGGAGCCACUACUGACCAGUAUGGAGAUGCCACCGUGAACUGCAACAACAUCCCCAACAUGCCUGAGGUGACCUUCACCCUCAACGGAAACGCCUUCACCAUCCCUGCCUCCGCCUACACCUCCCAGAACUCCAACGGCUGCAUGACUGGUUUUGGUAACGGUGGAACUCAGCAGCUCUGGAUCCUUGGAGAUGUCUUCAUCAGGCAGUACUAUGCCAUCUUUGACAGACAGAACAACAAUGUCGGUCUGGCCCAGAUCGCAUAAGAUAUCUACUGUGAAAUAAGUCUGGAUUGAAUCUAAGUCUUCCAGUUAUGAAUAGUAAUAUGUUAUAUACACGUGAUUGUAGCACUAGAAUUGGCAUAGUUGGGGAAAUGUUGUAGAUUGUGAAAUGUACACAGUUGCCAAGUAAUAAAAAACACUAUAUUCCCAAUGCUAAAA